GCAUAGCAAGGGCAGCAAGGGCAGCAUACGCCUAGCAACUUCACAAACAACGCAAGCACCUGGCAGAAUCGGAGAGACAUGGAGGAUGACUUACGUAGAGUUAAGGAGUGGGUGGAUAUGCAAGUCAGGGCGCAACAAGAGGAAGCUGAGAAGAAGAGACAAGAAGAGGAACGGCUGAAGAUGGAAAGUGAGCUUAGACGCAAAAGACUGGAGCAGGAGCGGCGCGAAGCAGAGCUUCAUAGGUUGACUGAAGAGUCGGAGCUCCGUACCAUUGCUGUCGUUGCGCGAGAGCUGCAGAGCUUUCGUACCGAAAUCAGGAACGAGAUCAAGCUUGCUUUGGGAGCCCGGAACAAGACGCCUAAAGAGAAAGGCAAAGGGAAAAGUCGUGUCGAAGACGAAGACUGUUUUCGGGAGUACCUAGCUGGAGAAGCGGAAACAUCGAGGGAUGCCGAAGAACGCAGAAGGUGGACUUUCACAAGACUGAAUAGAGGGAAACGGGUAGCCAGAAGGCUGCACUCACCAAGCGAUCCGGAUGAUGACGACACUAUUUCAGAAGAAGGCGACAAGAGAAUAGGGAAAGAAAGCAGCCAGAAGAAAGUACCUACGGCAUGCGGGUUUGGCUGGAACAAGUACAUGAUUGUUCCUAUCGCGACAAUGAGAACAGAGGACCUCAGGGCGCUGGAGAGUAAGAUGAUAAAGCACUUCUCACCAGCACUGAACUGCAAAGGUAAACAGUCCAAGAGGAAGAGUAAUAGGAAGGGUAGGCGGGAGAGGUUAGUGGAGGCAAGGAAGGAAGGACGACCAAAGAUUGAGGCGGAGGGGAAGAAAGGGUUGAUCACAUUCUCAACCCAGGCAAGCAUGGAGAGAACAACCAGUCUUCGAAGGAUACUAGAGGACGCACUAGCAGCAGGAAGAAAGGAGAUUAGUAUUGCCAGCCAUGGCGGAGACAUCUGGGGCGAAGACUGGGCCGUGACGAGAAGACUAUUCGGUACCUCUGCAUUUAACAUCGGUGGUAAGAAGCUUUCGCUUGCACAAGCAAAGAGCUAUCUGGAAGAGGGUGGGAAGGCAUGGAUUGCACAGAUCUCAAAAUCCAAGAAUGCACGUGAGCGAGGGAAGGGCNCGCUUGCACAAGCAAAGAGCUAUCUGGAAGAGGGUGGGAAGGCAUGGAUUGCACAGAUCUCAAAAUCCAAGAAUGCACGUGAGCGAGGGAAGGGCUACCUGAAGCUAUUACUAYARCUGYCGUGGAAGAGGAAAGAGUUGUGGGAAUACGAAGUGGACAAGCUCAUGUAUCUCUACUCCAGUGCAGGCGCAUUCCAUGCUAAGCCUACCAGGAAGAAGGUGAAGGAUGUAGUGGCCAGAGUAGUGUCAGCAAAAGUUGRCAUCAACAUCCGGAAGAAGAUACUCAUCCGGMUGCGAUAUGACAAUACAAUCAAGAAGAGAGAUGUUCGGAUUUUGGYGGAGGAGGAAGUGGAAAASACAGACCUCCAYCAGUCAAUCAAAGGAGUUCUGAARAGGAAGAUCAAGGUAGUCUGGCAGAAGAAUAGYASGAUCACUACGCUAUUGUGUAAUCACCAUAAGGCAGCAAGAGGAAAGGAGGACAGCUGCACGUGUAGCGAGUUUGAUCUGCCUCGCUSCGAAGGACAUGUACUUACCAGAAUCUCCGAGCUGCAGAAYGUACGGACGGAGAUGAURAACGGCAAGAACAUUGCAARACCGACAUGGAGAAUCCGRGAGCAACAACUCCAAUCAGUACUCUACCUAUCGUUGAAAGACGUAYUGGGUAGCAAGAUGGUGACGACGCAACAAUCACUGCAAGUGCUAGAUUGCCUGAAGGUGAGGAAGGAAKAAGGCGCUGAUGCGAUAGAAGAAGAAGAGGUGAAGCGACUGAGCMGRCGGUUAAGCGGRCUGGYUAUUKCUCCAGUGGACCGGAACCAGGGUGACUUGGCGAUCAUGUGCCCUUCAACGUACCAUUGGGGGCUGAAGAAGAUGUUCACGUACAAUGCAGCAUACACUCCAGUGUCGAAGCACGAAGUGGAGGCUACCAAGGAAGCCAGGAGGGAAUACAAGGACGCUGGCGUGGAUAAAAUUGCAACGUGGAACGGGAAAGGGAAGAUCGGAAGAGCGUACGUCCUCCCUAAACACAAGGAUCUAGGGAGGUGGCGCCCUAUCGCACCAGCAAGUAGCGAGCCUACCAAGACAGGAAGCAGGCGGAUGGCCAGGGCACUUAAUACGCUACUUGUCAGACUCCCCGAGCCGAAGCAUUUUAACCUAGGAGUCACAACUGGCCUGAAGGACAGGGUAGCAUUGGCGGAGAAGAAGUUCAGUGCCAAGGAUGGCGAUAUUGCGCUGCUCAGAAGCUACGACAUCAAAGAAAUGUCUACAUCACUCCCGCAUGAUGCCAUCUUGGAGGCAGUGGACUGGCUGCUGAAGGAAUGGGAGAAACGGGGCAGAACAAGAGUGAGCGUAUGCAGAAGGGGCAAGGCAAUGGUUCUGAACAAGAAGAGUCUAGGUGCAGGCUACGUGCAGAUCACCUUCCACCUUAUCAGGAGAUACAUUCGGUAUGAGCUCGGGCAUACCUAUACCUCCUGUAGAGGGGAGACACUCAGACAGGUGGUAGGCAUCCCAAUGGGAAAGAACACCAGUCCAGCGCUCGCCUGCAUACUUUGCGCAAGAUACGAAGAUGCAUUCGUCGCAGCUUUGGGAAGCGAUAGGAGGCUGGUGCAUGGCUCGAGAUUCAUGGAUGAUGUAGCGGUUGCGGUGCUUGUGAAUAGGGAAGUGGAGGCCUCCUUCGAGAGGGCGGAGGAGAUUUUUGCCAGGUUUGAGAGCUGCUAUGGCGACAGAUUGCAGCUUGUGCGCACAGAUACAGGAGACAACACAAUUGAUUUUAUUGGAGCAAGGGUUACCGCGAUUCCCAACCCUGUCAGGUUCCUCAUCGAACCCAAGACGAAGAACCAGGACUGCAUGCUGAGGGAAGGGCUGUUGUUCAGGUCAUUCCAGGACUUCCUCUCAUACUCAGACAAGAAAGCGAAAUGCGGGGCAAUCAGCGGCGCAGUGCACCGGAUCAAGCAAAUGGGUAAUGCCACGUGUACAGAACUACUACCCCUGCUUGCCACCAAGAGGGAACUACGACGCCGGGGAUACCCCCCGGCGUUCUUCCCCGCAGUCUUGGCAAGGAUUGCCAAGGACACCACGGCUACCUGGGACUGCCUCCUUAUGCAGACCCGAUAGCCGUGGUACGAUCGGCAAGAGGCUCUUGGCUCAAGCGCGACGAAGACCAUCGAAGCGAAGCGGAGGCAAUGUAGAAAUCAAUCAAUUUCAUUGCCUAAUCAAUCAUUUCUCCACUUAAUCCAAGCAAUCAAUCAAACACAAAUCA